GUAGAGAGGUGAAGGUGGUGGCGUAGCCAAAUGUAAGAUAGUGAGAAGACAAGCAAUGCAUCACGGAUAUUGUGUCGUGAAUUUGACAGACUUGACAAUGCACGGAAAAAGCAUCGUACUCUACGUGGCAGCCUCGCCGCGUCUCUUUACCUUCCGUUGCGCGUGUGUGUCUCUCUCUCUUUCUUUUCCAUUCUUCUUCUUCUUCUCCCAACAUCAGUGUUCAGUGUUGUUGCUCUUGUGCUCUCCCUUCUCAUGGGCUCCAUGGAUCCUACCCGAGCUUUUGUCAAGGGUGUCAAGCGUGUUGUCGUCAAGGUUGGAACAGCUGUGGUUACUCGAAGUGAUGGAAGAUUAGCAUUGGGAAGAAUAGGAGCUCUCUGUGAGCAGCUUAAAGAACUAAAUAUGAAGGGGUAUGAGGUUAUAUUGGUGACUUCAGGUGCAGUUGGUCUUGGCCGCCAAAGACUAAGAUAUCGCAGAUUAGCCAAUAGCAGCUUUUCUGAUCUUCAGAAGCCGCAAGGAGAACUUGAUGGCAAAGCAUGUGCAGCUGUUGGGCAGAGUAGUCUCAUGGCCCUAUAUGAUAUCAUGUUUAGCCAGCUUGAUGUGACUUCAUCCCAACUUCUAGUGAAUGAUGGGUUUUUUAGGGAUACAGGUUUCAGAAAACAACUAUCAGAUACUGUGAACUCAUUAUUAGAUUUAAGGGUUAUCCCCGUUUUCAAUGAAAAUGAUGCUGUUAGUACUAGGAAGGCACCAUAUGAGGAUUCUUCUGGAAUAUUCUGGGAUAAUGACAGCUUGGCUGGUCUAUUGGCUCUGGAACUUAAAGCUGACCUCCUUGUUUUAUUGAGUGAUGUUGAGGGCCUUUACAGUGGCCCUCCAACUGAUCCAAAGUCAAAGUUAAUUCACACAUAUGUAAAAGAAAAACAUCAAACAGAAAUUACUUUUGGAGACAAGUCAAGAUUGGGAAGAGGUGGUAUGACUGCCAAAGUUAAUGCUGCUGUUUGCUCUGCCUAUGCUGGCACACCUGUGAUUAUUACUAGUGGCUAUGCAACAAAUAACAUCAUGAGAGUGCUUCAAGGAGAAAAAAUUGGUACUGUCUUUCAUAAAGAUGCUCAUAUGUGGACCAGCAUAAAGGAAGUGAGUGCACAUGAAAUGGCAGUUUCCGCACGUGAUAGUUCUAGAAGACUUCAGAUUCUAAAUUCUGAAGAGAGGAGGCAAAUAUUGCUAGAUAUGGCUGAUGCAUUAGAGAAUAAUGAUAGUAUGAUAAGGCUUGAGAAUGGAGCUGAUGUUGCUGAUGCAGAAGAGGCUGGAUAUGAGAAAUCAUUGAUAUCACGUUUAACCCUGAGACCCGAAAAGAUGUCUAGUCUUGUAAAGUCUGUUCGCAUGCUGGCAGACAUGGAAGAACCCAUUGGUCAGAUGAUAAAGAGAACUGAGCUAGCAGAUGAACUCAUCCUGGAGAAAAUAUCAUGUCCUUUGGGUGUAUUUCUGGUUAUAUUUGAGUCUCGGCCUGAUGCUCUUGUUCAGAUAGCUGCAUUGGCAAUAAGAAGUGGAAAUGGUUUACUGCUUAAAGGAGGAAAGGAAGCCAAACGGUCAAAUGCAGUCCUACACAAGGUCAUUACAUCAGUUAUUCCUGAUAAAGUUGGUAACAAACUUAUCGGGCUUGUAACUUCAAGAGAAGAAAUUCCAGAUCUGCUCAAGCUUGAUGACGUGAUAGAUCUUGUGGUCCCUAGAGGCAGUAGUAAACUUGUUUCUCAAAUCAAGGCUUCAACAAGGAUUCCUGUUCUUGGUCAUGCUGAUGGAAUAUGCCAUGUAUAUGUUGAUAAAACAGCUAAUAUGGAUAUGGCAAAGAAGAUUGUUAGGGAUGCAAAGGUUGAUUAUCCUGCAGCAUGCAAUGCAAUGGAAACCCUUCUUGUACACAAAGAUCUAUCAGAAAAUGGUGGACUUGAAGAACUUGUUGCUGAACUCCAACGUGAAGGUGUUCAACUAUAUGGUGGAUCAAAAGCUAGUGCCUUGUUAAAUAUCACUGAAGCAGACACUUUUCAUCAUGAGUAUAGUUCACUGGCUUGUACAGUUGAAAUUGUAGAUGAUGUAUCUGCUGCCAUUAACCACAUACAUGAACAUGGAAGUUCUCAUACUGAAUGCAUUGUUACAGAAGACUGUGAAGUUGCUAAAACUUUCUUAAGUCAAGUUGACAGUGCUGCUGUAUUCCACAAUGCAAGUACAAGGUUUUGUGAUGGAGCACGCUUUGGGCUUGGUGCAGAGGUUGGAAUAAGCACAAGCAGAAUUCAUGCCCGUGGCCCUGUAGGAGUUGAGGGGUUAUUAUCAAAUAGAUGGAUAUUGAGAGGGACGGGACAAGUGGUAGAUGGCGAUCGAGGGGUCACUUAUACUUACAAGGAACUGCCAAUAAAAGCAUAACUAGAUAGUUAGAGAUUAGUUUAAGCUACUAUGGAUUACUGGUGUUCACCUCAUCAAACCCACAGCUAUUUUCUGUUCUAUUUUCAUAUACAGAAGCUGCUAUGAUGCUGGCACUGUAUAAUCUUAACUAUUCAUUCAUCCCUUUCCAGAUAUAUUUUUUUUCUCAUCUGGAGGGUAUUCAGGGGAAAGAAAAUAACUAUGAAUGACUUUAUUUAGCUAUGUGAAACAGAAUUUCAGUGAAGCAGUGACACAGGAAUAUAUAUAUCGACACAGGCCAUCUGAAGCUAUAUCCUU